AUGGCCAUUGCCACGUCGGCCCAGCUGGCCCGGGCAUUGUACGACAACACAGCCGAGUCCCCGCAGGAGCUGUCCUUUCGUCGAGGGGACGUUCUGCGUGUGCUGCAGAGAGAGGGUGCCGGGGGUCUGGAUGGCUGGUGCCUAUGCUCCCUGCACGGCCAGCAGGGCAUUGUCCCCGCCAACAGAGUGAAGCUCCUCCCCGCCGGACCCACUCCCAUGCCCGUCCUCUCCACGGGAGCACCAGGGCACAACCAAGAGGACCAAGAGGUGUACGUGGUGCCACCCCCAGCCCGACCCUGUUCUGUCCCGAGACCUCCAGCUGGAACUCGCCCACCCUCCCCUGACCCCAUCUACAAGGUGCCCAGAGGCAAUGGGACCCAGCCGGCCACCCUAGGAGGGAGUGCUUUAGAGGUCUACGAUGUGCCCCCCACUGCCCUCCGGGGACCCUCCAGUGGCCCCUACGACUCACCCACCUCUUUUGCCCACCUCCUGACCUGGGGCACUCCAGAGCCCUCUAGAGAGGACGAAGCACCCUAUGAUGUACCACUGGCCCCCACAUCACCCACAGAGUCGGAACCUGACCUGGAGUGGGAGGGGGGCCGAGAGCCGGGCCCCCCGCUCUAUGCUGCCCCCUCCAACCUGAAGCGGGCCUCUGCACUCCUCAACCUGUAUGAGGCACCUGAGGAACUGUUGACAGAUGGGGACACCAGGGACACGGAAGAGGGCAUCUACGACGUGCCCCUACUGGGGCCCGAGCCGCCCCCUUCACCAGAGCCCCCGGGCACCUCAGCCUCCAAAGGCCUGGACACCUUGUCCCAGCUUCUGCCCAGAAGCCCCCCACCCCAGCCCAGGCCCCGGCUGCCCUCAGCUGAAAGCCUGUCCCGCCGUCCCCUGCCUGCCCUUCCUGUCCCAGAGGCCCCCAAUCCCUCUCCAGCUCCCUCUCCUGCCCCUGGUCGCAAGGGCAGCAUCCAAGAUCGGCCCCUGCCUCCACCCCCACCCCGCCUGUCUGGCUACGGGGGCCCUAAGAUAGAGGGAGACCCAGAGAGCGGGGAGGCGGAGGACAACCUCACAGGACCCCAAAACGAGUAUGAGGGCAUCCCGAUGACUGAGGAAUACGACUAUGUCCACUUGAAGGGCAUGGAGAAAGCUCAGGGAUCCAGGCCCCAGGAGAAUACCUUCCCCGGGGAGCCCAAGCUGCAGGAGCAUACUUCCCCACUGACCCCUCCUCUUGCCCCUCAGGAGACCCUGUGCCCAGGGGAGCCGCUGGUUCUGUCCACUGGAGACCUGCAACUCCUACAGUUCUACGCAGGACAGUGCCAGAACCACUACACAGCACUGCAGACGGCCAUGGCAGCCCUGGUGGCCAGCACCCAGGCCAACCAGCCACCACGCCUCUUCGUGCCCCACGGCAAGCGAGUGGUGGUGGCCGCUCACCGCCUGGUGUUUGUUGGGGACACCCUGGGUCGGCUGGCAGCCUCGGCACCUCUGAGGGGACAAGUUGGGGCUGCAGGUGCAGCGCUGGGCCAGGCCUUGCGGGCCACAGUUUUGGCAGUCAAGGGGGCUGCCCUGGGCUACCCCUCUGGUCCUGCUGUUCAGGAGAUGGCACAGUGUGUGACAGAGCUGGCAGGGCAGGCCCUGCGAUUCACCACUCUGCUCACCAGCCUGGUGCCCUGA